GCAGAUAGAACUUUGUGCCAGAUUGAGUUUAGUUAUAGGUUUUUAUAACGUUGACAAUGUCGCUGCUGCUCAUCCGGAGCGCUUCGUUGCGAUAUGUGCUUCGUUCAUCCGCCGUUCUUUUACUUGUAGGUCUCAUUCUAAUGAUGACGACUACCUUCCUGGAAUCAUUAUUCCAUUUCACACUUGAAAAGCAACGUUUCAGCAAAAAUGAGUCGUCAUUUGUGAAUUUUAACAACGAAACUGGUGCCGAGCACUUCAUCGUUCCGAACAUCAUCCACUUGAUCCGGUUCAGCAAACCGGAAUUCUCUUUUAUCGAUUACAUUUGCAUUCAGGCGGCUUUUCGCAACCACCGACCCGAGCAUUUCUACAUUCACACAGACGCAGCAGAGCGAACAUUCAGAGGCAAGUACUGGGAAUUAAUUGAAAACGAUCUCGAGCUAAGAUCGCGCAUCCGCAUCCUGCCACUGCAGCCGCCGUCCGAGAUCUUUGGCCAACAGAUUGAACCCGAUUUGAGAGUUUAUCACGGUGGCGACAUUGCACGCAUUAAAACUCUAAUGAAAUACGGCGGAAUUUAUUUAGAUAACGACGUCUACGUCAUCAAAAAUCUCGAUAAGUAUCGCAAAUUUGAAUUGGCCAUCAAUUGGGACGAAGGACAGUUUCUCGGGACUCAGGUGAUCGUCGCUAAUCGACAAUCUCGUUUUCUGCCCUUGUGGCUCGAUUCCUAUCACGAAUAUCAUCCGGAAUUGUGGUAUUACAAUGCAGGGGAGCGACCGACAACGAAAAUUUUGUUUCAUCACCCGGAAUUGAUUCAUCGAGUGAAAGUGCAAUUCGGAGCUGAUCUUGUUCUUUCUUUAAAUCUUUAUACCGAAAAAGAAUUCGAUUGGCGUUCACUGGAUACCAUUCAUCUCAUGAUCAAUCAUCGCAGUUAUCUGGAUCCUAAUUACAAUCAAACACCUUCCUUUGACGAAAAAAUAGUUCAAACGUAUCCUUAUCCCUUUGGAGAGAUGGCCCGAGAAAUGGUCUUGGCUUCUGGAAUGGAAACUUUAAUUGACUGAAAGAUUUAAUACACAUUCAAAAAUGAAGCAUCCAUUUUAUUUUCUUACGUACCAUCUGGAAUGAGCAACGAGUUGGCACCUUUUUUGACGCAUAUAGAUUACGUGUCUGUUUAUACGGUUUGGAACCCGAACCAGCAGCAGCAGAGCAGUGUUAUACGCAUGUUGUUAACCGAAUGUUUUCCAGCAACAGCAGCCUGCGGACAAGCUAUGUUUGAUUAUACGCACUUUGUAUUUUCAACCUACUUGCUGUACACUAUAUGUAAAGUUUCGUCGCUCUCUCGCUGAAUGCAUAAUUGUAUUUAUAUACUAGAAAUUCACCUAUACAAUGGCCUUUUAAUUU